AUGUUCUGCCGCCCCGCAACCGCCCGCAUCCGCGGCAGCGCCGCAGUCGCUCCUUCCAUCCUCCGCGGAUCCCCGCGCUCCCUCCCGCGCUCCCUCUGCGCCCGCCCGCAGUCGCGCCGCAUCCCGCAGCCGCCCCGCAUACGCCCCAGCCGCGCAUCCCGCAGCCGCGCCGCAGCCGCUCCUUCCAUCCUCCGCCCUCCUUCCAUCCUCCAUGGAAGAUCUAUAUCGGCGUCCAUGGAAGAUAUAUAUCGUGUCCGCGCCGCCAGCCUCCAACUGCACGGAUCUGCGCCACGUCUCUCCACCGCGUUCGCGCCGUCCAUGGAAUCCGCCCGGAUCUGCGCGCCCCAGCUUCCAACUGCGCGCGCCAGCCUCCAUGGAAGCCGCCUCGGAUCUGCGCGACCCACCUUCCAACUGCACGCCGCGUCCGCGCCAUCCAUGGAAGUCGCCCCGGAUCUGCGCGCACCAGCCUCCAUGAAAGCUGUCGCUAACCUCGACCCAACUGCGCCCACCGUGCCUACCCCAACCUCGGCUCUCCAUUUUUUCCAGCUCGAAUUACAAGAAAGAAUAGCCUCCGAUGUCGAUGAGCCGGCAGCAGACGCCGGUGUGGCCUCGUCGCUGGCGGAGAUGGGGGCGCUCGUGCUAUCCACCGUCAGACCCUCGUCAAGGCACGACGCACCAACGCCGCCUUCUACUGGUGGACAUUCAGGCUCCCCGUCGGACAGGCGACGACCCCCGACCACCCCACGAGGCCCGAUAAGCCCCUUGUGGUGACGUAGAAGGAGAUUACCACACACAAGUAGAUGGGGUGCCGCUCAAUGCUACAUGCUGCACAACCUGGCACACAUCGAGCUCAACACCAUCGACCUCGUCUGGAGGUUGGACUUGCCUAUGGUCUCCUUCUGUUCGCCCUAUGUUCAUCCAUUAUACGCUUUGGUGGGGAGCCAUACGAACAAUGGCCUUCCACACAAGGGAAACCAGGUUUGCCUUCUUCAACCAUGUGUCUUGUAGUGUCAGGAUCUGAUUCAGUUCUACCUACUCCGGAUAAAACUGAAUAGAAAUCUAUACAUUUUGCAAAUAGCAAAAACCCCAGGAAUGAGCUGGACAUAUAUAGGGCCUGAUUCAGUUGUACUUGUACUUCCUCUUGAUAAAACUGAAUAGACUAGAAAAUAUCUGAGAACAUGGACUAAUUUUAUUAGCUUCAUGUGUGUGUCAAUGUCUGGUGUCAAACAAUGUAAUCCAUUGCUUUCUGAACCAUAGCAGCAGUGGCCUGAAGUACUAUGUAAUUCAAUUAUAGUGCAUCAACAUUGGAUAAGUACUAUGUAAUUUUGUGAAAUUAAAAAUGAAUAAAAGGUUUGUUUUCUAAAAUGAGUUAAAAGAAAGGACAACAAUUUGUUUGUCUAGGCACCGGUCAAAGUUUAAGAUCUACAGAAAUCAACAAUAUUUCUAACUAUUAAGUGUUAAUUAUCUAAUGUAUUUAAUGAAGUAAAAUAGUUAAACUUGCCUAAAGAGGCCAGUCGAAGCUUCACUAGCUGCACAGAUAACUAAAUUUUUAUUAUCAUGUAAAUGCAUGGUUUUUUGGAACCAUUUGGUCUAUCU